CUUAAAUGUCCCACUAUCCUCCAGAUAUAGAGGACGAGAACUAUGAUGCUCCCGAACCAGUCCUUGCAGGACAUCCAUCCUGUGUAACGUUUGAAGACCAUAGGAGAAAGCAUGUUCAUAAUGGAAAGACAAUCUUUAAAGCCAGGAAUAAUAUUGUGGUUGAUGUGAUAGCUGUGACGACUUUAAUACUCCUUAUUUGAAUCUUUGGAACUAAGUUGGAGAAUUGUGGACCAGACACAAAAGGAUUACUAUUGAAAGCAGUUUAUUUGAAAUUAGCAAUAAUACUUUAUUUAGCUGGAGGAAUUUAUCUUUUGAAUAAAAGUAACAUAAAACCGGCUCUAAUGGCCACCUUGAAUGUUCUGAUAUGCCUUGGCAUGAUUGGGUUUUAUAUCUAUAUUAUUUUUAAGCUUUUUAGUCAUAAUAAUUCUUGAAGACAGUCUUUCAAUCUUCUCCUGGCUGGUCAUAUCCUCUUGUUUUUAGAGGCUCUGUUGAUAUUUGUACUUUGUUGUACUGUUUGAUGCGCCUUCAUAUGUCUAUAUAUUACUCUAUUGGAUUUAUGGCCACGAAUUGAAUUUAAUUGGUCUAAUGGCGAACAAGUGCAAAUAGAAAGACAAGACACUAAAGUAGGCCGUAUUUCUCUUAGUGAUCUCUUACUCAAUGCGGCUUCAUUACAAAUUGACCCCGAAGAUUACAGAAACAUGGGAGAGUGCACAAUUUGCUUAGAACAAUUCAUAGAAAUUGAUCUUAUAAUAGCUCUUCCAUGCCAUGAAGCCCAUAUCUUCCAUCCUAAAUGUAUCGCAGACUUGUCAAAGAAAACUGACAAAUGCCCCUUAUGCAAGCAAAAAAUCGACAGAGAAGCACUAGAAUCAAUCCAAAGAGACAACUCCCCCUUAUUCGCUCAAAACAACUAAAGCUCAA